UAAACGGGACCGCCUCGCGAAAGAAAGAGAGUGUAUCAGCUCUCUCUGUUACCGACAUUGUAGAUGCGCGUUCUGAUAUAUUUUAUUUCUGUGGUCGUAAAUCAUAAUACAAAUGUAAAAUGAAAUUACGACAACUGGAAAUAGCACUUGAAGAUGCUAAACCGUUUCAAGAACCAAAGAUACAGCUGGAGCAGUAUGUUACCACGCCGCAUCUAGCAGCAUGUUUGCUUCACACGGCGGAAACUCAGUUUGGAGAUAUUUGUGGUAAGAACGUGUGUGACCUAGGAUGUGGUUGCGGAAUUCUAUCCAUUGGAUCAUCCCUUUUGGGUGCCAACCAUUGCUUAGGAAUUGACAUUGAUGAAGAUGCUCUUGAAAUCUUUCAGUCAAAUUGUGAAGCAUACGAACUUAAUAAUGUUGUUGAAUGUAUUCAAGCAGAUAUUGCAAGAUUUUCACCGUCCCGGAACAUGAUUUUGGCCAAACGGUUUGAUACAGUUUUGAUGAAUCCACCAUUUGGGACGAAGUCAAAUAAAGGUUCUAUUGUGUGUCACAUACAUACAAUAUAUAUAUAUAUAUAUAUAUAUAAAAUGCAAAAUGUUAAAUUUUCCAUUAUAGGAAUAGACAUGGAGUUUCUACAUGCAGCAUCUAUAUUAGCUUCACACGCUGUUUAUUCAUUGCAUAAAAGCUCUACAAGAGCACACAUUGUUAAAAAAGCAAAUGAUUUUGGGAUGCAAGCACAGGUAGUGGCAGGUAAAACAAUUAUUACAUGUGAAUUAAUAACCUCGAUUUAUGAUAUUGAUAUAUCAACAUUUUCUUUCAGAAAUGAGAUACAAUUUAGAAUCUUCAUAUAAGUUUCACAAAAAGAAAUCAAAAGAUAUUGAAGUGGAUUUCAUAAGAUUUACAAUUACCACUGGGUAAUUGGGAACGAAGCAAAUCAAAAAUGAUUCUUGCUGAAAAGACACAGUACCAUUUUCAAAACAAGAAAAAUUAAGUUAUGAUUGUCAAACUGGAAAUAUUUGCACUUACACAAUUCCAAUGCCAUGAGAUACCUAAUAUAAUGUUGCAUUUGAUGAUUCAGUUGCAACGAGUGACCAAACCAAGUAACUUGUAGCAAUGGAAACCAUGAAAGGUGUAAGUGAUGCUAGACCCAAUUUUUUCGGACUUGUUGGUGAAUUGGGUGGUGAUUGCAAUCUGCAGUUAACACUGUUGUAAUUACAUUUAAGAAUUAUUCUGUGGAAGUAAACAGAAAAUUAUUGAGUUAAA